GUAAACUACAACUCCCACAAUGCAUGCAGCAGGGCGCUGUCAGAUGGACGUGCGGUGAGUUGGGUUGUAGUUCAUAGCUAAUGCAAGUGUUUAGAGUUCUCUCAUGAUCCUGGACCGAACAUGACUUCAGCUACAGACCCCUGCUCAUUUUCCUCAUUUUCCAAGUGCGUUACCAAGCACCUGAAUCUCACCUUCCAUGUGGAUUUUGACAGCCAUGUCCUCAAAGCUAAGGUCGCGCUCACCGUGGAGGUUUUAGUGGAUAAUUUCACGUCUUUGACCCUUGACACGAAGGACCUGAAGGUCUCCAAGGUAACAGCCAAUGGACAGGCAGCAAAGUUCACUCUGGGAGCCAAGCACAGCUUCAUGGGAACCCCUUUGGAGAUCACACUGCCAUUUGACCUCUCCAGGGGUCAGUAUGUGAUCGUGGAGGUGACUUAUGAGACGGCUCCUAGUGCUUCUGCGCUGCAGUGGCUCACUCCUGAACAGACUGCUGGGAAGAAACACCCCUACCUCUUCAGCCAGUGCCAGGCCACCCAUUGCAGGAGCAUGGUACCCUGCCAGGAUACUCCUGCUAUGAAACACACCUACUAUGCCCAGGUGUCUGUCCCCAAGGAGCUGGUGGCUGUGAUGAGUGCUUUACGGGACGGAGAGGAGCCUGAUCCCCAGGACAGCAGCCGGAUCAUCUACCGCUUCAGACAACCAGUGCCCAUGCCCUGUUACCUCAUUGCCAUCGUGGUGGGAGCUCUGGAGAGCAGAGAGAUUGGGCCCAGGUCUCGUGUUUGGUCAGAGAAGGAGUUUGUGGACAAGGCAGCAUAUGAGUUCUCAGAGACAGAGACCAUGUUGAAGACCGCUGAGGGCCUUGCGGGGCCGUAUGUGUGGGGCCAGUAUGACAUCCUGGUCCUGCCCCCCUCCUUCCCAUAUGGAGGCAUGGAGAACCCCUGCCUUACCUUUGCCACCCCCACGCUUCUGGCUGGAGACAGAUCCUUGUCCAGUGUCAUAGCCCAUGAGAUCUCUCACAGCUGGACUGGCAACUUGGUGACCAACAAGACCUGGGAGCACUUCUGGCUGAACGAGGGUCACACGGUGUACCUUGAGAGAAUGAUUGGCAGGUCUAUGGAGAGUGAACAGUUCAGACAGUUCAAGGCCAUGGGCGGCUGGAAGGACCUGCAGGAAUCGGUGAACACGUUUGGGGCCAACAACCCUCUGACCAACCUGGUUCCCAACCUGAAUGAGGUGGACCUUGACGAAGCCUUCUCCUCUGUCCCCUACGAGAAGGGUUUCUCUCUUCUCUAUCACCUGGAGGAGCUCAUGGGAGGACCUGAGGUGUUUAUGGGUUUUGUUAAGUCGUACAUCCAGCUGUUUUCUUACAGCAGCGUCACUACUGAGGAGUGGAAGCACUACCUCUUCACCUAUUUUAAGAACAAGGUGGGCAUCCUGAAUAAGGUGGACUGGAACGCCUGGAUGUACACCCCUGGGAUGCCUCCCGUCAAACCACAAUAUGACAGCACCAUGGCAGACGCCUGCAUCGCGCUGUGUAAGAGAUGGGUGAAGACCAAGGAGGGGGAUCUGGGGAAUUUCAGUGAGGUGGAUGUGAAGACUCUCUCCACCCACCAGCUCAUAGAGUUCCUGUCUCUGCUCUUGCAAGAGGAGCCCCUCCCCCUGAGCCAUGUGAAGAGGAUGCAGGAAGUGUACCAACUCAACGCCUUCAACAACGCAGAGAUCCGCUUCAGGUGGCUGCGGCUGUGUGUCAAGUCCAAGUGGGAGGAUGCCGUUCCCAUGGCACUGAAGAUGGCGACAGAGCAGGGGAGGAUGAAGUUCACACGGCCACUAUUCAAAGAAGUGUAUAACUUUGAUAAGUAUCAUGAGGAGGCGGUGCGUGUGUUCAUAGCCCACCGGGCAGCCAUGCACCCGGUAACAGCCAAUCUGGUGGCCAAGGACCUGAAGGUGGACACCGACAAGAGCACCUGAUUCUAAUUGGAAUCCCACCAGAAGCACUCCAAGACUGGCAUUAUUACCGGUUCACACACCCCACCCCGUUGCCGGAAACGACCAGAGAAAGCUAGAGAGAAGCUUCCAGCCGCACCCCCACUUUUUAAUAACAGUCUCUACUUUGCUUGGCAGCUAUUCAGAAUUGGCUUGUUUCUGUUUGUUUUACAUUAAUGUUUGUGAUAUGUCGAGCAGGGUUGGGGUCAAUUCUGAAUUUUUGAAUUUAAUUCAAUUUGAAUUGGCCACACCCCACAGGAAACAGAAUUUGAAUUGAAGGAAGUAGAAUUUAUUUAAACCAAUUAAACUAAGGCCUGAAGUCUAUUAAUUUUACAAGUCUUUUAUAAAAAGCAUAUGCCACUUAUUAAUGCAAAGAAUACACAUGCCAUUUUAAAUAUUAUGGCUCUAUUCAGUCAGAUCUGCUUUAGCAGACAUCCGCAACGGAGGUGGAAUUGUUAGAUCUGUCAACUCUACACGGCAUUGCAUUAACAGAAAUCCCAUGAAGCCUUGUUUACAAGUUGAACACUGGGAUGUGAGAUGUAAUCUACACCUCGAUUAGGAUGAUCGAAAUUCUCAUUUUGUUUAAUGAUUUUUCAAUUUGAGCAUAAUUGUUUCUAUAUAGCCUAAACUUUCUUGUUCUGAAUUUCUAAUGCAAAGAAUACUAUCGCAGGUUAACAGUUGAUCUGAUUGAAUAUAGGCUUUAGUUUGAUUAUAACUCAAACCAGUAUUUUUCUUUGUCAUUAUAGGUUAGCUUAUUCCCUUUCAUACAAUUGUUUUAUCUAAUAACUUCUGGGAAAUGUAUUUGGAUAUUUAAAAACAUGAAGGGAAUUAUUAUAGACAACCCACAACAUGAUCUUAGAGUAUUUCAGACCACUGUAAUUAUUUCAAAUUGUUUUAAGAGAAUGAGUUUUAAAAAUGAAAUGUUUCCUUAUGGUAUUGGUAACCAUACAUGAUGUCAAAACAAACAUUUCUAUCAUAAUGUGUAGAAUUCGCAACUCAAUUCAGAAUUGACUUCAACCCAGACAUCGAGGUAUUCAUCUCAGGGCAAAUAAGUUUUUUAUUUAAUACAUUUCUUUUGGAAACUCAUUUUAGAAUGGUUAAAUCUUGUCCAGAAUGCAAAUACAGAACCUGUGUGAAUUAGUUGCAAUUAUCUCAUGCUUUCUUUGACGCCAUUAAACACCAUUAUCAGAGAGUA